AUGUCUACCUUAACUACAUCGUCUAAACGGUCCUUAGAUGAUGCGUUAUCCUCUAAUCUACCCAUAAAUUCCACUAUUUCUAAUAACAUCAUUAGCUCAGAUAUUAUCGAUAAUAAUAAUAGUGGAAAUAAUGAUACAGUAACUACAACUACAAGGAGUAAAAAACCAGCUUCUAAGAAAUCUAAACAAUUGGAUCCAGAAGCAAGAUUGAAAAGAACUCAACAGAACAGAGCUGCUCAAAGAGCUUUCCGAGAAAGAAAAGAGAAAAAAAUGAGGGAGUUGGAGAAUAAAGUUAGCAAACUGACAGAAAUCCAAAAACAAAAUGAAAUAGAAUCAAAUUUCUUAAGAGAUCAAUUGAAUCUAUUAUUAUUAGAAUUGAAAAAGUAUAGGCCAACUACUGAUAAUGACUUAAAAGUUUUAAAUUAUUUAUCUCAACAUAAUAAUAAUAAUAAUAAUAAUAAUAAUAAUAAUAAUAAAGAUUCUGUUUUUUCUUCUUCUUCUUCGUCUCCUUCACCCCCUUCUCCUCAUCCAUCUAAAUCUACAAUAAAAACAUCAGAUAUUAAUAAUAAUAAUAAUAAUGAUGAUGAUAAUAAUAAUAAUAGUAGUAGUAGUGGUAGUAGUAAUAGUAGUAGUAAUAAUACCAUACCUACUGGUACUAUUACUGUUAAUACCCCUGAUAAUAGUAGUAGUUGGCUAGAUAAACUCUUAUCAGAUAAUGAUUUGUUUACUCAGCAGUUGUUCGAUAAUAAUAACAAUAACAAUAACAAUAGUAAUAGUAAUAAAUUAAAUAUUAGUAACAAUAAUUCACCUUCCCCAUUAUUCUUCUCAAAUAAAUACAACGAUAAUCAAAUCAUACCUCAUUCAACUAAAGUUAACCAUAGCAAUAACAUUAGUACUAAUAGUAAUAGUCCUAAUAAGGAUCCAUUGAGUUCUGAUGCUUUAUUAGAUUUCGAUAAUCAAUUUGAUGAACAAGUAGCCAAUUUCUGUGUUAAGAUGAAUCAAGCUUGUGGCACAAAGACUAAUCCAAUACCCAAAAAUAAAAGUUCAGCCUUUUCUGGUUCCUCAAUAUCCACUAAUACACCAUUCACAGAUAGUGUAAUCACUAAUUCACCAUUAUCUUCAACUUCCCUAUCAUUCGUUUCAACACCUUCCACAUUUUCUAACGCUAUGAUGAAUAAUAAUAUCAAUAAUAUCAAAACUAAUAAUGAUAUCACUGCAUCUGUACCCUUCCUGAAUUAUGCAAAGAACCUGGAUAUCAAUCCAUUCGAGAUUGAUACAAAUAAAAGUGUGGAUUCUCCACAGUUGACAGUUUGUUCAACAGAUACCUCAACAUCAAGUAAUCACCUUCAUAACACCUUCAACAGUACUAGCACUGAUGAUCAUAUCAAGGACAAAGACGGUAGGAGUACUUUUGAUUUGCAGUUUCUUUCCAAUGAUUUCGAGAUUCCGUUCAUUAAUGCAGAUUUAGCGUUCCCAAAUAUUAAUAACGACAAUGAAGUGUUUUUCAGAGACACUAAUCCAUUAAAGGGUACUAACACAAACAACAUACUAGACGAUUUUAUCGACGAAGAAGAAAAUGUCAUUUAUGAUAAUGGAAUUAAAAUUAAACAAAAAUUACCAACUACUCUAUUCAAUGAAGUUCCAUAUACUGUUCAAUUGGCAACUAGCAAUAACGUUUCGACAACCAUCAAAGAUGCUACUAAGAGUGAUAGUGUUGUUAAUGAUGAUAAUGAUGAUGAUGCAGAAGAUGGUGAUCCUCAAGUUGUACCAUCAAAGGAUGAUAAGAUGUUGAAGUGUUCAGAAAUUUGGGAUAGAAUUACUACUCAUCCUAAAUAUUCAGAAUUGGAUAUUGAUGGAUUAUGUGCCGAAUUAAUGGCAAAGGCUAAAUGUUCCGAUAGAGGUGUGGUUGUAGACGCUGAUAUUGUUCAAGAUGCUUUAACAAAACACAUGCAAUGA